AUGGUGGAGAAAGAUGUAAUUUCUUGGAACACACUUUUGGUGGGUUAUGUUGAUAAUGGAGAUUUGGGGUCACCUUUAAAGGCUUUCGGAGAGAUGACUGUUUUCUUGGAACGCCAUACUUGGGGGCUAUGCACAUGGUGGUUUCACUGUGAGGUUUUGGAAACGUUUAGAGAGAUGCUAAGGUUGAAUGCAAAGCCUAACAAUGCGACUCUGGUGAUUAUGUUGUCAGCUUCUGCUAGAUUAGGAGCUCUGGAGAUGGUGCGGGUGUAUAGAGAAAGUGGUUUGUGUGUUUGCGGAGAUAAGAGAGAGAGACAGAGAGAGGUCACUUGGAAUGUCAUGAUCGGUGGGCUCGCAAUGCAUGGCCAUGGCCUGCAAGCAUUAGCAAUCUUUAGAAGGAUGAGAGAGGAGAGAGCAAGGCUAGAUGGCAUUACCUUUGUGGGGGUCUUAUGUGCAUGUACACAUGCUGGUUUGGUUGAUGAAGGCUCUAGAAACUUCCAUUCUAUGACCCAUGACUGCCAUAAUACUCCUACAAUUGAGCAUUAUGGAUGCAUGGUUGAUCUUCUGGGGCGAGCCGGAAGGAUUGAAGAGGCACUGGAGUUGAUAAAAAGGAUGCCUAUUGAAGAGGAUAGUGUAGUUUGGAGCUCAUUACAUGGAGCUUGUCGCACAUUUGGCAGGCGGAAAGAGGCGGCGAGAAUGAAGGUGGUGAUGAUAGAGAGAGGGAUUCAAAAGAUACCAGGGUGGAGUUCAAUUGAGGUGAAUGGUAGUGUUGCUAAGUUUUACUCUUCAGACAAGAGGAACCCAAGAUCAAUUGAGAUCUUUGAAGUGUUAAGUGGGUUAACACAGUCAUUGAAGUCUAUAGGAUAUGAUUCAAAGAUUGAUAUUCUACAUGAUGUUAGAGAGGAUUCCUAA